GUUGGAAGCUAUUUUGUUGGAAAAAGAUCCGGACUCGCGGUAAGGCGGUAGUCAGUCCCCCGACUCAGAGCCGACAACGACCCAACCCGGACGAAGGCGGGAUUUGGUCUCCGCUACAAGAAGGUAAAGGCGUAAAAGCCUUUUUCCAUCAGACCAGCCGGACAAAACAGUCCGCCAGUUAGCCCGGCAGCUGCAGAAGUAUCAAAACAACUGAAAAUAAUCCUCGCAGAAGAGCGAAACGACGAAAGAACCCAAAGACUAAUGGAGUCACACGCGCAUCAACAGGCGCAACAGCAUUGGGUGAUGAGCGCACAGCCUCAAACCCACCAACCUUCGACAUACGCCUCUUCUCAACCCUACCGCCAGCCUACAUCCAUCGACGAGAUUCGAACUCUCUGGAUUGGCGACUUGCAGUACUGGGUCGACGAAAGCUACCUCCAUAGCUGCUUCGCCCACACUGGUGAGGUCCUUUCAAUAAAAAUUAUACGUAAUAAGAUCACUGGCCAGCCUGAAGGUUAUGGAUUUGUGGAGUUUGUUUCCCAUGCUGCAGCUGAACGAAUUUUGCAAACAUACAAUGGAACACAAAUGCCUGGGACUGAACAAACUUUUAGGCUGAAUUGGGCUUCUUUUGGAAUUGGGGAAAGGCGUCCUGAUGCUGGACCUGAGCACUCCAUUUUUGUAGGAGAUUUAGCACCAGAUGUUACUGAUUAUUUGUUGCAGGAGACUUUUCGAGCUCAAUAUCCAUCAGUAAGAGGUGCCAAGGUUGUGACAGAUCCUAACACUGGCCGUUCAAAGGGUUAUGGUUUUGUUAAAUUUUCUGAUGAGACAGAAAGAAACCGAGCUAUGACAGAAAUGAAUGGUGUUUAUUGCUCAACCAGGCCAAUGCGUAUCAGUGCAGCAACACCAAAGAAGACCACUGGUUUUCAGCAGCCAUAUACAGCAGCAGCUAAAGCAGCUAUUUACCCAACCCCUGCUUACAGCACACCGGCAGUGCAGGCAUUUCCAGCAGAUACUGAUCCAAAUAACACAACUAUAUUUGUUGGUGGGUUGGAUCCUAAUGUCUCAGAGGAGGAGCUAAGGCAAAUCUUUGCUCAGUUUGGGGAACUUGUCUAUGUCAAGAUUUCAUUGGGUAAUGGAUACGGUUUUGUGCAGUUCGGAACUAGGGCAGCCGCUGAAGAAGCAAUACAAAGGCUACAUGGUACCMUGAUUGGUCAACAAAUUGUUCGCCUUUCAUGGGGUAGAAGUCCUGCAACCAAACAGGACCAAACUGGUAUUUGGAGUCAGCAAGUCGACCCCAGCCAAUGGAGCAGUGCUUAUUAUGGUUAUGCACAAGGUUAUGAAGCUUAUGCUUAUGGGGCUACUCAUGAUCCAUCUUUAUAUGCCUAUGGUGCUUAUGCUGGAUAUGCACAAUACCCUCAGGCUGACGGCACUCAAGAAAUGGCAAAUGUGACCGGUGUUGUCCAAGCUGUGGAACAAAAGGAGGAACCCUAUGAUCCUUUGGCUACACCAGAUGUUGACAAGUUAAAUGCAUCUUACCUUGCCAUCCAUGGACGUGCUAUGGUGGGCCACCCCUUGUGGUUGAAGACAUCAGAACUCUCACAACUAGCAUAGCUUCCUGUGCUAGUACUUGAUUCUCCCCCUUUUGCUUUGUUGCUUUCAUGAAUAUGGAGAAAUGCGACACCAGUAAACCAGGAGUGGAACGUAACGAAGGCUAUGUGAUCUGAGUAGGGAGAAAGGAAUACUUGAAGGAGAUCAAUGUUUAGGAUGUGGAAAGUUGGGACUUGAUAAUCUGCCACAGUUUAUGAAGAUUCAGAUUUUGAACCCUGUGAAUUAUGAAUGCCCAAGGAGAUCUGAUAUUUCCAUAUAUUGGAAUUUGGAAUGAACAUAUCCAUACUAUGCUUUAACUAUCAACGACAUUUAACACUACAUUCAUUCUUUAUAUAAUAUCAGUUUUGCCUUGUAUUGGAUGCCGA